GAUUAUUUUUGUAGAACAACAAAUCAGACGUGAUAGAGUUAAGAGGAGUAAUGACCCAGAGUGGAACAGUUCGUGGCAUUUAAAUGACGAGAUAGUGCCAUCGAUGAGGAUAUCGAAGGCAUGGUCAGCAGGAUAUACUGGAGACGGAGUGGUCAUAGCUGUCGUAGACGACGGAGUGGAAACCAGUCAUCCAGAUAUCGAUGAUAAUGUGGAUACAGAUAAAGAUUACGAUUAUUAUGAUGAUGAUGACGAUCCAAGUCCUGCUAACCAAUUUGACAGUCAUGGUACACAGAUAUCUGGCUUACUAGCAGCAGAGAAGGAUAAUGGCCAAUGCUCUGUUGGCGUUGCAUAUGGAUCAACAAUACUUGGUGUACGUGUAAUUGGAGGUCCCGGGGUAACUGAUGUAGAGGAAGCUCAAAGUCUAAGGCACUAUGUCCACGGAGUAGAUAUAUACAGUAUAAGCUGGGGACCACCAGAUGGAUACGGAUUCUCUACGUUAGGAACAUUAGCUACAGAGGCCAUCAGAGAGGGUAUCAGCACGGGAAGAAAUGGUAAAGGUUCUAUAUAUGUUUGGGCUGCAGGUAAUGGAGAGUUAGACGAUAACUGUAACGGUGACGGCUAUGUUAAUAGUAUAUACACCAUAGGUAUUACAGGGGUCCAGUCGGGGAAGAAUGCAUACUAUUCAGAGGUAUGUUCUGCAGCCUUGGCAGCAACGUAUGGUGGCAGCAGGGAAGAUAGAUACUUAACCACAACUUCAAUAAAUUCCUCUUGCACAAGUGAAUAUAUAGAAGGAACGUCUUUUUCCUGUCCAAUUGCCGCAGGUAUAAUUGCUCUAGCUCUUCAAGCAAAUAAUAAUUUAACAUGGAGAGAUGUACAAUAUAUAAUUGUGUUAUCGUCUGCUAUAUAUGACUUGAAUGAUACAUAUUCCUCGUGGCAGACAAAUGGAGCUUAUAAAGAAGUUAGUCAAGUCCUUGGAUUUGGGCUAAUGGAUGCAGCUGAUAUGGUAUAUUAUGCACGGAACUGGACUAAUGUCCCAGAACAGUUAUCUUGUGUCACAAAAACAAAUUUUCACAAAAUUAUGACGACGGCAUAUGAAAUGUCAGUUGAUAGAACACUUGUUACAUCCACACAUUGUUCAUUGUCAUACAUUGAACAUGUGACAGCUACCGUCUCAUUUUCGUAUGAUCGAUACCGAGGCUUGACUGAGAUUUUCCUGAUGUCGCCCAGUGGCACUGAAAGUCAUCUUUUAACUAAUCGUGGGAAAGAUGCUGUUAAGUACCAAGAAGCAGGAAAUCUUACCUGGACUUUUAUGUCGGUUCAUUAUUGGGGAGAAAAUCCCAUUGGUAAUUGGACAUUGAAGUUCAGAUCACAUAAAGGAUUUACAAGAGUUACAUUGGACUCCUGGUUUCUUACGUUAUAUGGUACUCGGACAAAUCCUUUAGCAAAUUUUGAUCAGUGUUCGAGUACACCUUGUGAAAACAACGGAAAGUGCAUAAAAGUGUUUUACAACUAUAGUUGUAAUUGCACUGCAGACUACACAGGUGCAAACUGUGAAUUAAAGAAAAGUCAAUCUAACUGCCUUGGAGAUUCAAAUGUGACAGAUUGUCAAAAAGAUGAAAUAAAGCAUAAUAAUUCUACUGAAUAUGAUAACAGUACAGACUUUGAAGUGGAAUCAAACUCAAGUAACUGCACUUACAAUUUUUCCAGCAAAGUUUGUGACUCAGAAAUAAAUCAGAGUAACUACACUAACGACAAUAACGGUACAACUCUAGAUGGAGUGAAUACAAUAAACUCCACUAACUGUACCAACAAUUCUACUGAAAAAGAUCCAGAAUGCAUGUAUAAUAACUACACCGAUAUUCACAAUAUCACAGAAUAUAAUCAAGGAGGUUUCAAUUCUAGUAAUUGUACCGGAAGUUCUGACGAUAUAAACUGUUCUUCUCUACAGACAAACAAGACUAAUUGUACUUCAAUGUCAAACGAGACAGACUGUGAUAUAAAAUUAGAUAAAACUAACUGUUCACAAAAUCUCAGUCAGUGCGAGACUACAAAUGGAACAAACGCUAGUAUUAAUGAAGAGUCUAACAAAACAAAUCCCUCGUUGAUGAUCGUGAUACUAUUGAGUUCUAUUGUCUCCAUUUGUGUAAUUAUCACUGUGUUGGUUAUAGCAUUUUACAGACCCAAUAUGCCGUCAUCCAUUGACCUACCAGCCGUGUCAAAUAGAUACAGAGUGGAGCCAACAUAAAAAUUAAUUGACAAUGAAAUCGUAUAAUUUAUAUUUUUUUAACAAUAGAUACACAAAUCAAGUCAAAAUGUAAUAAUUUAGAAGAAUAAAGAAGCUGCAGGGUUCUAUGUCUUGAAAGCCGGUGUUAAACUUUAUACUAACAGUAAAUUAUUUUCACUUCAAUGUACAGAAAGUUAUAUGUAUAUUCAAAAUUAUAGAGGUAAAUCCAGAAUUGUCUAAAUGAUGAAAAUGAUAAGACAAAAAUAUAAAAGCCAGUAGUUUGGCAUUGUAAUAUUUUCACAAAAAUUAUAGAACGGGUGUGUCCCCUCAGCAUAAAAAGGUGAUUUUAUUAAA